UCUUUCUCACCGUCGACGACGACGACGACUCUCUCUCUACCAUGGCUGCCCGCUCGGGUUCCCGUAGCCGUGAGGGCAUCUAUGCCUCCCCUCCGCCCUCCUCGGACCCCCACGACCCUUUCAGCAACUCCCAGGCUGCUGACCCUAGAUACUACGACAACGACUCUGAGCACGACUAUGGCCGAGGUAACCGCGACACGUACGGCUCAGACAGCAGCAAUGUGGUCGAUGAGGAUAGGUAUUACGACCAGAGCGGUCCCUACGAUCCCUAUGGCCCCCAACCGGACACAGACUCGGACGUAGACGUCUACGGUCAGAAAUAUACACCAUCCUCGGAGUCUCUACCUCCUCCACGUGUAGGCAUCUCCGAGGCUUCGACCCCCACUUUCUUGGAUUCAGCGCCUGGACAUCGAGAGCCCUAUCCUGCAUGGUCGUCGGAGCGCCAAAUACCGCUCUCGAAAGAGGAGAUAGAGGAUAUCUUCCUUGACCUGACGCAGAAGUUUGGCUUCCAGAGGGACUCAAUGCGCAACAUGUUUGAUUUCACCAUGCAGCUACUUGAUAGUCGUGCAUCACGCAUGUCACCCAACCAAGCGCUCCUCACUCUCCAUGCUGAUUACAUCGGGGGUCAGCACGCUAACUACCGCAAGUGGUAUUUCGCCGCGCAGCUCGAUCUCGACGACGCAGUGGGCCAGUCGCAGAAUCCAGGUUUGCAGCGACUAAAGUCCGUCAAACGGGGCAAGGGAAAAGUUUCAACCGAAAAGUCGCUGAACAACGCUCUGGAGAGGUGGCGACAGGCGAUGAAUAACAUGUCGCAGUACGACCGUAUGCGCCAAAUUGCCCUGUGGCUGUUGUGUUGGGGUGAAGCCGCUCAGGUACGGUUCGUUCCUGAAUGCCUGUGCUUCAUCUUCAAGUGCGCCGAUGACUACUACCGGUCGCCCGACUGCCAAAACCGCAUGGACUCUGUACCGGAGGGUCUCUACCUCCAUUCUGUGGUCAAGCCCUUGUACAGGUUCAUCCGGGAUCAGGGGUACGAGGUCGUCGCGGGGAAGUUUGUCCGGCGGGAGAGGGACCACGACAGCAUUAUCGGCUACGACGACGUCAACCAGCUGUUCUGGUACCCUGAGGGUAUCGCCAGAAUAGUUUUGUUCGACAAGACGCGUCUCGUUGAUCUCGCGCCGGCGCAACGUUUCAUGAAGUUCAGCCAGAUCGACUGGAACCGCGUGUUUUUUAAGACGUACUACGAGAAGCGUUCGUUCGGACAUCUACUCGUCAACUUCAACCGAAUCUGGGUCAUUCACAUCGCGAUGUACUGGUUCUACACUGCCUACAACUCACCGACCGUUUACAAUGGCUUCAGCUCGGUUCCGCUACGAUGGUCGGCAACGGCGCUUGGAGGAGCGAUUGCGACAAUUAUCAUGAUCGCGGCGACCCUGGCGGAGUUCUCGUACAUUCCAACGACAUGGAACAACACCUCGCAUCUGACACGGCGGCUUCUCUUCCUUAUCGUGACGCUGGCACUGACAGCGGGACCCACGUUCUACGUCGCAAUAGCCGAGAACAAUUCACCUGGCGGGCAGUUAGCUCUGAUUCUCGGUAUCGUUCAGUUCUUCAUAUCCGCAGUCGCGACGCUUCUCUUCGCCACCUUGCCGUCAGGCCGGAUGUUCGGAGAUAGGGUAGCCGGCAAGUCGAGGAAGUACCUGGCCAGCCAGACGUUCACCGCGAGCUACCCGUCGCUCCAUCCAACCGCUCGUAUCGCGUCGCUUUUGCUCUGGCUCCUCGUCUUCGGAUGCAAGUUCACCGAGUCGUACUUUUUCCUCACCCAGGGCUUCCGCAACCCUAUUCGCGUUAUGGUGGGCAUGAAGAUUCAGAACUGUAACGACAGGUUUUUCGGCAACGCGCUCUGCAGAAACCAAGCAGCCUUCACGCUUACCAUCAUGUACAUCAUGGAUCUCGUUCUCUUCUUCUUGGAUACCUUCCUCUGGUGGAUCAUCUGGAACACGGUCUUUUCUAUUGCUCGCUCGUUCAUGCUUGGUCUCUCCAUCUGGACGCCAUGGAAGGACAUCUACAUACGCCUACCGAAGAGGAUCUACUCGAAACUCUUGGCUACUGCAGACUUGGAGAUGAAAUACAAGCCUAAGGUGCUGGUUUCGCAAAUUUGGAACGCUGUCAUCAUCUCGAUGUACCGUGAGCACUUACUCUCGAUCGACCACGUCCAGAAGCUACUCUAUCAUCAAGUCGAUUCAGGCCAGGACGGCAGGCGCAGUCUCCGCGCGCCGGCCUUCUUUAUUUCUCAGAGCGACAAGGGCUUCAAAGGCGAAUUUUUCACACCGGGAAGCGAGGCCGAACGUCGUAUCUCGUUCUUUGCGCAGUCGCUUACCACGGCUAUCCCGGAGCCUCUUCCGGUCGACGCCAUGCCGACGUUCACGGUAUUGACUCCGCACUACAGCGAGAAGAUCCUUCUUUCAUUGCGUGAAAUUAUUCGCGAAGAGGACCAGAACACCCGUGUCACGCUCUUGGAAUACUUGAAGCAGCUUCAUCCGGUCGAGUGGGACAACUUUGUCAAGGAUACCAAGAUUCUCGCGGAGGAGUCAGAGGACUACAAUGGCCCCAAUCCAUUUGGCAGCGACGAGAAGGGUCAGUCCAAGGCAGACGACCUUCCGUUCUACUGCAUCGGUUUCAAGAGUGCGGCGCCGGAGUUCACUCUGCGCACCCGUAUCUGGGCGUCACUCCGUGCACAGACCCUUUACCGCACGGUCUCUGGCAUGAUGAAUUACGGCAAGGCGAUCAAGCUGCUCUACCGUGUCGAGAACCCUGAGGUCGUCCGGCUUUUCGGCGGCAACACUGACAAGCUUGAGCGCGAACUUGAACGCAUGGCCCGUCGCAAGUUCAAAUUCGUGGUCUCUAUGCAGCGCUACGCGAAGUUCAGCCGUGAGGAGCAAGAGAACGCCGAGUUCCUCCUCCGUGCAUACCCUGACCUUCAGAUCGCUUACCUCGAGGAAGAGCCCGCUCCAAAGGAAGGCGGCGAUCCCCGCCUCUUCUCCGCGCUCAUUGACGGCCACUGCGAAUUCAUUAGCGACAACCCUCCCCGUCGCCGUCCGAAAUUCCGUAUCGAACUUCCCGGUAACCCCAUUCUUGGCGACGGCAAAUCGGACAACCAGAACCACGCUAUCAUCUUCUACCGCGGCGAGUACCUGCAACUCAUUGACGCGAACCAGGAUAACUACCUUGAGGAAUGUCUCAAGAUCCGGAACGUUCUCGGCGAGUUCGAAGAGUACGCUACCUCGAACCAGAGCCCGUACGCUCAGUGGGGUCGCAAGGAGUUCAAGAAGUCACCCGUUGCAAUUGUUGGUGCUCGCGAGUACAUCUUCUCGGAGAAUAUCGGCAUCUUGGGAGACUUGGCUGCCGGAAAGGAGCAGACAUUCGGUACGCUUGCGGCACGUUCGCUCGCUUGGAUCGGUGGCAAGUUGCACUACGGUCACCCCGAUUUCCUGAACGCGCUCUACAUGACCACGCGCGGCGGUGUCUCGAAGGCGCAGAAGGGCCUCCACCUGAACGAGGACAUUUACGCCGGUAUGAACGCCUUCGGACGUGGCGGUCGUAUCAAGCACACCGAGUACUAUCAGUGCGGCAAGGGUCGUGAUCUCGGCUUCGGUACAAUUCUGAACUUCCAGACCAAGAUUGGUACGGGCAUGGGCGAGCAAAUGCUCAGUCGGGAAUACUAUUACCUCGGCACGCAGUUGCCCAUCGACCGCUUCCUCACGUUCUACUACGGUCACCCCGGAUUCCACAUCAACAACAUGUUGGUCAUCUUAUCGGUGCAAGUGUUCGUCUUGACUAUGGUGUUCUUGGGCACGCUUAACUCGCAGGUCGCGAUCUGCAAGUACACGAAGUCGGGCCAGUUCCUCGGACCGAAGGGUUGCUACAACCUUACACCCGUGUUCCAGUGGAUUGACCGGUGUAUAAUCAGUAUAUUCCUGGUGUUCAUGAUUGCGUUCUUGCCUCUAUUCUUGCAAGAGCUGGUCGAACGUGGUACCAUCAAGGCGAUCAAGCGCUUGGUGAAGCAUUUCGGUUCCGCGUCACCUGCGUUUGAGGUGUUCUGUACCCAGAUUCUCUCGCACUCCAUCGCUACAAACUUGACCUUCGGUGGUGCUCGUUACAUCGCCACCGGUCGCGGCUUCGCUGUCACGAGAAUCUCGUUCAGCAUCUUGUAUUCGCGGUUUGCCGGUCCCAGCAUCUACUUGGGAAUGCGCAUACUCCUUAUGCUGCUCUACGUUACGCUGACCCUCUGGAGCGGUUGGGUCACCUACUUCUGGAUCUCUGUCCUCGCGCUUUGCAUCUCACCAUUCCUCUUCAACCCGCACCAGUUCUCCUUCUCGGACUUCAUUAUCGACUACCGGGAGUUCUUGCGAUGGAUGAACCGCGGCAACUCGAGGGCGCACCAGAACUCCUGGAUUGGUUACUGCCGUCUGUCGCGUACGAUGAUCACCGGCUACAAGAAGAAGCGACUUGGUCACCCUUCGGAGAAGCUGUCAGGAGACGUCCCUCGUGCUGGAUGGCGAGCGGUCAUCUUCUCGGAAGUUGUCUUCCCGAUCGUCAUGGCUAUACUUCUCGUCGUCUGUUACAUGUUCGUCAAGUCCUUCCCCGACAGCGAUGGCCGCCAACCUGCAAGCCCCCUCAUCCGUAUUGCGGUCGUCUCGUUCGGACCCAUUGUCUUCAAUGCGGCGGUCCUUCUCGUCCAGUUCAUGUUCUCGCUCUUCCUCGGUCCGUUCCUCGACACCAAGUAUCCGAAGUUCGGCUCAGUCAUGGCCUUCAUCUCGCACUCCCUUGGUGUCAUCGGCUUGAUUGGAUUCUUUGAGUUCCUUUGGUUCUUGGAGCUCUGGAAUGUGUCGCACGCAGUUUUGGGUCUGAUCUGCGUCGUCUUUAUCCAGCGUGCCGUCCAAAAGGUUCUUAUCUCUGUAUUCCUCUCUCGCGAGUUCAAGCACGACGAGACGAACCGCGCCUGGUGGACCGGAAAGUGGUACGGCCGCGGUCUCGGCACGUAUGCCAUGUCGCAACCCGCACGCGAAUUCGUUGUCAAGAUCAUCGAGCUGUCGCUCUGGUCCUCAGACUUCCUCACCUGCCACCUCCUUCUCUUCCUACUGACGCCUCCAAUAUUGAUACCAUACAUCGAUCGACUGCACUCUAUGCUGCUCUUUUGGCUUCGUCCGUCGAAGCAAAUCAGAGCUCCUUUGUACUCCAUCAAGCAGAAGCGGCAGCGUCGUAUGAUUGUAAUCAAGUACGGACUGAUGUAUAUCCUUUCCAUCAUCAUCUUUGCUGCAUUGAUUGCCAUACCCCUUGCGUUCCGACAAGUGCUGCAUUUCAACUGCGUCAUAUGCCAGAACAUAUGAACGGACUACCUUUUCUUUCCGUUAUCCUUCAUUCAUGAUAUAGUCCUUAUUCCUAGACGUACCCGCACUGUAACUGUUCCAUCUCAUCUCAUCGUACCGGACUCCUUCUCAUAGUCACUCGUCAUACACACGUACAUACCAAGCCCACACCCCUGACUUCUCCCCGCUUGUGUGCACACCGGACUCUUCUUCUCCAGGUCACCCUGGAUCUCUUUCAGUACUCUUUACUGACUCUCUGGCUUACGACGACCCCUCCGGACUCGCCUUCUACUACGCAGCUGUAUCUGUUCCAGAUGGAUAGUAUUGUUAUGAAUUCUUGCGAUAUGAUGCUCGCUAUUAAUCGCUAUUUGUUCAACUC